UAGUAUUUAUUAUUUGACACAUUGAAAUUGAAUUUUCGAUAUAAUACGGAUCGAUCUCUACUUGUUUUUUCUACACAGAGACACUCAAUUAAUUGUGAUAUUUAUUAAAUAUAUGUGUGCAUGCUAAUGCAAAUGCCCUGUAUGUCGGGUUCCUCUCCAUUCACUGACUAGAAGUGCCGCUUCGACUGACGUCGACUUCAAGCUGAGUUCCGCCAAAAACAAUGCUGCCAGAGAGGAAAGUUCAUAUAUUUAUGCUAAACUUUAAGGUGCUGUUUGCAGAUUAUGCGCUAAGGUCACACUGGCUAGCAUAAGACUUUUGACAACUUUAACCCCCGAACGGCUGGAAAUCUUUGGUAAAUAAUGUUUCGUAGAACGCUUCUUCCGGGGGUGAAAUCCGCCCUUUGGAGCCGGCAAAUGUCGGUGGUGGCCAGGUCUGUGAAGUACACACAGCACGGCGAGCCGCAGGAUGUGCUAGAGCUGGUGGAGAGUGAAUUGUCCGACCCGAAGGACAAACAGGUGCUGGUGAAGAUCUUGGCUGCUCCAAUUAACCCUGCUGAUAUAAACACCAUCCAAGGCAAAUAUCCCGUGAAACCAAAGUUUCCAGCUGUUGGCGGCAACGAGUGUGUGGCCGAAGUCCUCUGCGUGGGCGACCAGGUCAAAGAUCUAAAGGCCGGACAGCAUGUCAUUCCCCUGGCCACCGGUCUGGGCACUUGGACCACCCAUGCAGUGUACAACGAGGACCAACUGCUGGCCGUGUCCAACAAAGUGGGAGUGGCUGAGGCAGCCACUGUUACGGUGAAUCCCUGCACUGCCUAUCGCAUGCUCAAGGAUUUUGUUAAAUUGUCGCCUGGCGACACGGUCAUCCAGAACGGAGCGAAUAGUGCUGUGGGACAGGCGGUUCAUCAAUUGUGCCGUGCCUGGGGCAUCAAUAGCAUAGGCAUUGUCCGCGAUCGACCGGAGAUUGCCGAUUUAAAGCAGAUGCUUCAGUGUCUGGGGGCUACAGAGGUGUUGACCGAGGCCGAAAUCCGCACCACUGACAUCUUCAAGUCCGGCAAGCUGAAGAAGCCCCGACUUGCCUUUAAUUGCGUGGGUGGCAAGAGCGCCACAGAGGUGUCCCGGCACCUAGACCACAGUGGUGUUCUAGUCACCUAUGGCGGCAUGUCCCGGGAACCCGUCACUGUGGUCACUGGGCCCCUCAUCUUCAAGGAUAUUGCAUUUCGAGGCUUUUGGAUGACACGCUGGUCCAAGGAGAACUACAGUUCUCCCGAACGCUCCAAGAUGUUCAAGGAAAUCUUUGACCUCAUGGAGCAGGGCAAGUUUGUGGCCCCCACCCACGAGAUGGUUCCGCUGGAGAACUUCAAGGAUGCGACUGCUGCGGCCCUGAACUUUAAGGGAUUCACUGGCAAAAAAUACAUCCUGGACAUGAGCGAAUAACUGCGGAAAUUCAGGCUGAGCCUGUGCCUUUAUUGUUUUAUUUACAUGUAAAAUUGUUGUCUACUGUGAUUAAAUACAACUCAGACCAUCUCUA